UAACACAUUUGAUGACCUCGUAACUUUACGUAAAGUCGUUCGACCGCUUUGCUUUCGCUAAAUUGAUUUUGGCCAUACUGCGUCUGCAUAUAGUUUACAUCAAUUCAUCAAUUCUUCGAUUCUGAUCACUGGACCACCACAAGGUUGCAUAAUAAUAUUAUAAUAAGCAGUGGUCUCUGCCACGAAUCGAAAUCGAGAGAGUGGAGCUAACGUACGAUCACGCAGGCAAAGUGUGCUGUACGCUAUCUGUGUACAUUGACCGGCCGUAGUGCUAGUGCAGUGCAGUUUACGUGUAUAGCGAUAUAUACCUUUCAUUAUGUCAACCUUUGGUAGAGCCCGAGGUGUCGCGAGCAAUUUCAUAAGCUACACGCGACAACCAAGCAUUUUGAGAAUGGCUCUGAACGGGGAAAGAUCUCUCCUCAUCACGAACGGCACCAUGAGUUGCCAAGGCAAUGGAGUUUCGAAGAGGGGGAAAGUUUUGUCUUUAGAGACGAUGAAUCCUCAUAUACGUGUGAUGGAGUAUGCUGUCAGAGGCCCGAUCGUCCAACGGGCCACGCAGAUUCAGAAGGAGUUGGAAAAGGGAGUCUCCAAGCCGUUCCCGUCCGUUAUCAAGUGCAAUAUUGGAGAUGCUCACGCCAUGGGCCAGAAACCAAUGACCUUUCUACGACAGGUGAUAGCUCUCUGUACAUAUCCAGCACUCCUGGAUGAUUCAAACUUCCCAUCGGACGCAAAGCAAAGGGCACAGAGGAUACUCAAUGGAUGCAAGGGAGGCAGUCUCGGUUCAUACAGUGAGAGCAUCGGUCUGGAAAUCAUCAGGAAUGACGUCGCGGAAUACAUCAAGAGGAGAGACGGGGGACUGGAGAGCAACCCAAAGAACAUCAUGCUGUCUGCCGGAGCCAGCGAGGCUAUCCGAGUUGUACUUAAGAUGUUGGUGUCAGGAGAAGGCAAAGGCAAGACUGGUGUCAUGAUCCCCAUUCCACAGUAUCCCCUGUAUUCAGCUUCAUUAGCAGAGAUCGAUGCAACACAGAUCAAUUACUACCUCGACGAAGACAAUGCUUGGAGUCUUGACAUGGCAGAGCUUCAGAGGUCUAUCAACGAGGCAAGGAAGCAUUGUACACCUAGAGCUAUUGUAAUCAUCAACCCAGGAAACCCCACAGGUCAGGUACUCAGCAGGCAAAACAUAGAGGACAUCAUCAAGUUUGCAUACAAGGAGAAUCUAUUUAUACUAGCCGAUGAGGUAUAUCAAGACAAUGUCUAUGCUCCUGGUAGCAAGUUCUAUUCCUUCAAGAAAGUACUUCAUGAACUCGGCCCUGACUACGCAGGACAAGAACUAGCGUCUUUCAUGUCAACGUCAAAGGGCUACAUGGGAGAGUGUGGAUUAAGAGGUGGAUACUGUGAGCUAGUAGACAUUGACCCUGAUGCUCAGGCACAACUCUUUAAAGCUGUCUCAGCCAAGCUUUGCCCAACAGUCAGUGGACAGGCUGUAAUGGAUGUUGUAGUGAAUCCCCCACAAGAAGGAGAGGAAUCAUAUGAACUAUUUCAGAAGGAAAAGAAGAACGUCCUCGAUACCCUAGCAUUGAAAGCCAAGGUAGUUGCAGAUGGAUUUAACUCCUUGGAGGGUGUGACGUGUAACACAGUAAUGGGGGCUAUGUACUCGUUUCCAAAUAUUACAUUGCCACAGAAAGCAAUAGACAAGGCGAAGGAGAUGGGUAAGCAGCCAGAUUUGUUCUACGCAGAACACUUCUUGGAAGAGGCCGGUGUUUGUGUCGUCCCUGGCAGUGGGUUCGGCCAGAGAGAUGGAACCUAUCACUUCAGGAUGACCAUCCUCCCGUCAGUAGAGCUCAUCCACGACGUCAUGGAUAGAUUUAAGAAAUUUCAUGCAAACUUCAUGGAGAAGUAUGGGGACGGUGAAUCGUCGUUGAAUGCCAAGAUGUGAAAGAAGAACUAUGUGAUCAAUUUGAAGGUUUCCGAGACUUGCCAAGACAUUGAUUUUAACAUAGAGGCAAUAAUUCCAAAAUCGAUGGAAGGUCACAUUAACACUAUCCAGUAACAAAAUAUGAAAGUCAUAAAACGGGGCAAUAUCUCUUCGGUUUUUGCCAUGCAGACAAUGCAGAGGGACUUGAGAGUAUUAUAGCGUCUGCUGAAGCCAGAUUGUGGUUAGCCCUUUAUUCAGCACAGGGUCAUGACCUUUAAGGAUCGCUACCUUCUACUGAGAGCUAGAAAAGCAUUAAUUCAUAUAACGUAAAACAGGGUGAACACACUUGUGGAUUUCAUCACCGAGAAGCCUGGUGAUGGGGGCACAACGAAAGAAGCCGAAUUGAUACAAACUACAAGCUCCCCCUCUGAAGCUGCAUGAGUAAAGAGGUCUGUACUCAAAGGGAAGAAGGGAAGAAGAAGAGUACAUGGAUGAGUGUGGAAGGUCUUAGCAGCAAGGUCGUAGCAGCAAGGUCAAUGGUCACUUCACGAGGAGGCACCUUCUGCAGGCUUAUUGAAAUUAAACCCAUCCACAAUCUCAAGAAUGGAGGAAGUUGCAAGCUUUCUUUGAUGAAGAGCGUGCUCACGGGGAGGUUCUUCUCGCUGUUUUACUCUUUAUAAUGAUAUUAAAUGACUGCAUUGUGGCUACAAAUCCACCCCUUACAUUAACCUCGUCAAGAACUUAGCCUGAGUUAAAUUGGGAUCUCAUUCAAAAAGUUGUGCAUAGUGAAAAUAAUCUCUGGCUGGCUAAGGCAUAGGUCGACAUCAUGAUUUCCAUAACAUUGUACAUAAAGUCAUUAUUUAAGAAUAAUAUAAUAUUAAUAUAUGGUCAGUAUUGAAUUGCGUCGUCUGAAAAGUGGGGUCUUCUGGAAUCUAACCAAAGAUGAAAGCACGAGUGUUGCUGUUUCAAUUGUUUUGAAGUUGAUGUGUACACACCUAAAAGCAGGCUACAUUUUUCCAUGUCAUUGUGUUAUACAUGUGGAGGUCAUUUCAAAUAAUCAACUGGAAAUCAAUAUCAGCGUUAAUUAAACCACUAAUAAAUCUCUUGUUCAGACAUAAACAGCGCAUUUUUACAAUAACUUGGUGUAUAAUGGUGAAUUGUGAUUUAAUUUAUUCUGAAUGAUGUGUAAUUGCAAUCAACCUGAGGGACCAAUUUCACAAUGUAUUGUUGAGCUAGUCAUUGCUAUACUGCCCUCUUACGAUGGAUGGUAGUUAUCUUUGUGGUUGAUUGGACCAGUGUUGAACAUGAGAUAACAAAAAAUAGGCAAAUUUUAUUGACCACAUUUAAUUCAAGUUUGAUAUUUUGGGGGAUAAAUUUACUAACAUCUUUUUUUUUUACUAUCGUCUAUCAGCAAUAUCUGUUUAGUUCCUCAGCUGCAACUAUCAAUUAUGACCUAUUCAUUUCAUAGAAGUACUCAUCAGACCCUCCCCCCCCCCCCGUUUUAAGUGCCCUUUUAUUCCCUUAUUUAUUCAGUAAAUGGUGUUUUGAUUAUGAUUGACAUCAUUAAUAUGCCACCGUGUUGUGUGAAAACAUUCUUGUUAUUAUGUUGAGAGAGUACAUAUUUUUGAGGUUGUGUGAUGUGAGAUGCUAAAUAUGGUUAAAGAGAAUACCAAAAAUCUGCUUUAGUAUUUAUUAAAGAAAUGAAUAUUACGUUACGGCCACGAUUUUAUGGAAAUUCAUGUAUGAUUGUUUUGCAGUUUUUAUGUUUCAUGAGAGAGUUUUAUUUUUGAUGUCGAUUCAUAUAUAUAUGUAUAAAUUGUUCUCUGCAUUUUAGUGACAGGCAUUCAUCAUACACAUAAAGGAAUAAGUAUCAUUGUUGAUGUUCAUUCAAAUUAUAAAUAUCCUCAUGAAAGUAGAGAGGAAAAUGUAUCCAUGAGUCAAAAGUAUCUGAGAUAGUCCCAGCUCCUUCUUUAAAAACUAACUGUAAUGUAUUAUUCUUUUAGUUUUUAAAUAGACAGAUUUAUGUGUACCCCCAAAUUCCCUUAUUUGUCAAAGUUUUCUUUUUAAAUGUUAAAUUGCUUUCAACUCCUGAAGCUUUCAUUUAAAUCAUCAAAGACAUGCUAUGAUAUAAGUCUUUAAAAUAUAUUGUAGAGUAAGAAAAAUUGUUUAAGACAAUUUUCAAAUUUUGCACUCCAACAUUGAUGUCUUCGGUAUAUAAUUUGUCGGGAAAAUUUGUAAUCACAACAAAUUCCUCUUUUUAUGAGGCUUCUUCGCGCCUGGAGUUUAGUACAGAUCAUUCCUUCGAAGUGGAGUCAUCUUGCUGAAAGCCAAAAUGAAAAGAUAUGAAGAUUUUAGGGGAUAGAGAUUGGAUUAUCCUUCUCUCAACUAUGGGUAUUCAUAUGUGAUAUUGGACGACUUCUUAACAGUGAGAUAAUACCGUCCCUGUUUUCACGAAGUGACGGUAGUAAGGAAAUUCGUCACGCAAAGUGAAUGCAAUUUUUUUCACUACCGAACUUCGUGAAAACAGCGACGAUACUAGUGAGAUAAAUGAUGUGCUAAAUUUUCAUUUAGUUGAAAUGGUUGAGUUUUAUCCAAGCAUUGUUGCAUUUACAUCAUUAUGGUCAUGAUUGAACAAUAAAACCCCAGUCACACACAGCCAAAAAUAUGGCUCUAUCCAAAUCGACCAAUCCUUGGACAUCUUGGCCCAGUCUUAUAAAGAGUUGAUAUCAAUCGCAACUUAUUUGGGAUUGUUAUCAAUCGCAACUAUGUACAUAAGAAAUAGGGGACUGCAAACGUGCGAUUGAUUUGGAUCAAUUAUAAGAGGGGGCCCUUGAGUUAUACAGUCAAACCUGUCUACUAAGGCCAGCGUAGGGAAAACAGAAACUGUGGCCUUUCUGGACAGGUUCUACAGCAUACAUUUCUCUCUCUCGAGGGACAAAAUGCAUGGCCACUGUAGACGGGUUUGACUGUAUCUUUAUAUUGUUUAGCUUGAUGUUGGUUUGGUGUCGGUCCCAUUGGGGUGACUGGGGUCUAGAAAGGUCUUUGCAAAAAUUAAUCUAUUUUCUUUCAGUGUCACUUCAAAACUGUUGUUCGCUAUUGGUCGCUAUUGCAGUCUUGUCUGUCGUUACUAGUUGCUGCCAAUCAAUGGAUGUUUACACUCCAUUAGAUUUUGAUUGAUUUCACUGCAAGACCUUUCGUUUAACAACUUGACAUCUGUUCUUAUGCACCAAAGAAAUAUUUUGUUUUGAUGAAUUUAAUGAACUGCAUUUAGUUUGCUUUGUGGAGUGUGCUCAUGUUCAGUAUUAAUUUUUUUUUAAACUGAGACUUGAGUUCUCACUUCUGAUGAUUCACUAUUCCUUGAAGAUUUGUUUGGCAGUUGUUUAAUCCUUUACAUCUUUAGUUUCUUUCUUCAUUACAAAACACUGUUUUAUGGAAUUCAAGCUAUUAUUAGCGUUGUUUGCAAGUUCUCGCUGAUUUCAUCUUUUCAGAGCAAAUAGACAAGAAGCUAAAAUGUUACUGCCAGUUUCAUCAGGUAUGGGUGCAGUAACUUGUUAUAUAAUAUGAAUAACAUUUUCAAAUACUUUCAUGCAUGUAAUUCAUCAGUGCGUCGUGUUUAAAAAUAGAUUAUAGUGCCCUUCCGAGAGAAAAUAUCACAACCGAUGUCUCAUGUUUAUUGUAUUUAUCCUCACUAGUUCUUCCGUUUCUUGCGAAAGUCGCAAUUAGAAAAGAUAUAAGAUGUUAUAUUUAAAAUAUACGUGUGUGUGACCCGAAUAAACCACAGAAAUCAUUAA